AUGCGUACGCCAAACAGCACGACCGUUUUCCAGAAGUUCGCAUUGCAGAAUCCCAGCGAGCGGCUGACAAAGAGCGAGCUGCCCCUUGCGUCCAUGACGCAGGUCCUGGAGUACCUGCAGAUUCCGACCCAGCAUCUGUCCUUGUUUUGGACGGUCCUGCGGAGGGAGAUGCAGUUCAGCCGGCGACCUGAAACGAUCUCGUUGGAGGUCUUCCAGGCCGUGCUGGUGAAAGUCCUUCGCCGCAUCCGGGACUCCUACUGCGUGCGGGUGGGGCGAGGCCAGAUGGUCACGCAAAACCGGAAGCAGCUGGAGGAGGAGUACGAAGCCUUGGAGGACUUCGGGGUGGCCAAGCGUAUUCCGAAGGAGCGGAUGGAGGUGCCGAAAGAGGAAAUCGAGCGGGAGAUGGAGGUGCUGAGGAAGCUCGAUCAUCCUCACAUAGUCCGACUCUUCGAGUGGUUCGAGUCGGAGAACUCCUUCUAUCUUGUCAUGGAGGGGGCCCGGGGUGGCGACCUGGAUCGCGCCCUGCGCCGGGCCAGGAAGGAGGGCCAAAAGGGCCUGGCCGAGAAGACGGUGCGGCUCCUCAUGGAUCAAGCGCUUAGAGCUCUGGUUUACAUCCACUCCGAGUGCGUCAUCCAUCGGGAUGUGAAGCCCUCCAACAUGAUCCUCACGCGACUGGACCAGCAUCCACCCCACCUGCUGUUGGCGGACUUCGGAAUAGCCGACGUCUUCAAGCCAGACAGCGCCACCAGCCUGACGAAGAAGGGAACUUGGGCCUACAUGGCUCCGGAGAUCUUCGAA